AUGGAGCCUUACAAGGAGAGUGUGAACACAGAACAUAUAAGUAUGGUGAUCGUGGCUCCUGAUGAUCAGGAAAUGGAGCAGUCAUUAGGAUAUGACUACGAAGUAUUUUUAAGCUUCAGAGGACCAGAUACCCGUACGGAUAUUACUGAUUACCUUUACACCAGCAUGACUGAAGCUGGAAUUCGGGCAUAUAAAGACGAUGAAGAACUCCGCGUCGGGGGAGACAUCGGUGAUCAGCUUCUCUAUGCGAUUGAGCAGUCAAAGAUCUCCAUACCAAUCUUUUCUAAAGGUUAUGCUGAUAGUACAUGGUGCCUUAGGGAGUUGGUCAAGAUGGUGGAGAGCAAGAACACGAGGAGACAUAAGAUCAUGCCCAUUUUCCACGAUGUGGCACCGUCUGUGGUAAAAUAA